UGCCAGCACCCGGUCGGGGCUCGCCGUCUGCAGACGACAUCAUGACAGCAUUACCACCAGCCACGACCGAACACGACGAAGAUCUGUCGGAGUACAAGUUCCAGAAAUACGCUGCGACUUACUUCCAGGGCAACGUCAAUCACCAGUACUCGAGAAAACAGCUCAAACUGCCUCUGCUUAACUUGCAGACUCAGGGCGAUCAGUUGGCGGCGAUGGCUCUAUGGAUUACCAUCCUGCGCUUCAUGGGUGACAUGGCGGAACCCAAGUACCACAUGAUGGACAGAGACACCACGUCCGUCAUGUCGAAAGUUUCUGCGACACUCGGAAGAAAUUUCAUCAAGAGUAAAGAAUUUCAGGAAGCCCAGAUGAUGGGCAUUGACCCAAUAAGCGAAAAGAACCGUUCAAUUCGUCGGAAGCUUGUCUCGCUGACGUUAAAGCGGAAGAACAAGUUGGGCGACGAUGUGCGACGACGUCUGCAGGAUGAUGAUUACUCAGCAGAAAGCUACUCGUCUUGGCUGGAGUCACGUCCCACGUCCAACUUGGAGAAGCUUCACUUCAUCAUCGGUCACGGCAUUCUCAGAGCCGAACUCAGGAACGAGAUCUACUGCCAAAUCUGCAAGCAGCUCAGCUCAAACCCAUCAAAGUCGUCCCACGCCAGAGGCUGGAUUCUCUUGUCUUUGUGUGUUGGUUGCUUUGCGCCGUCCGAAGACUUCGUAAAAUAUUUGCUCAACUUCAUCCGCGAAGGCCCCCCGGGGUAUGCCCCCUACUGCGAAGAGCGUCUCAAGAGGACCUUUGCAAAUGGCACCAGAAACCAACCACCAAGCUGGCUCGAGCUCCAGGCAACUAAAUCGAAGAAGCCGUUGAUGUUGCCCAUCACGUUCAUGGAUGGCACCACAAAGACGCUUUACGCGGAUUCUGCCACCACCGCCAGGGAGCUCUGCAAUCAACUGGCCGACAAAAUAUCCCUCCGUGACCAGUUCGGCUUCUCUCUAUACAUCGCUCUCUUUGAUAAGGUGUCAUCUCUGGGUAGCGGUGGCGACCACGUGAUGGACGCCAUCAGCCAGUGCGAGCAGUACGCCAAGGAGCAAGGAGCUCAGGAGAGGAACGCUCCUUGGCGGCUCUUCUUCAGGAAGGAAAUCUUCGCGCCUUGGCACGACCCUACCGAGGAUCACGUCGCCACCAACCUCAUAUAUCAACAGGUUGUACGGGGUGUCAAGUUUGGCGAGUAUCGCUGUGAACGCGACGAGGAUCUGGCGAUGAUUGCUGCCCAGCAAUACUACAUCGAGUUCAACACCGACCUCAACCAAGAGAGGCUACUGGCAAACCUCACCGGCUACAUCCCUGACUACUGCGUCUCGGGCGGCGAAAAUGCCAUAGACAAGUGGGCGGGUUUGACUGUAACCGCCUUCAGGAAGUCAUAUUACGUCAAGGAGAAAGUGCCUGCCCUCAAAGUCAAGGAAGACGUCGUGAGUUACGCCAAGUUCAAAUGGCCUCUUCUCUUCUCAAGAUUUUACGAAGCUUUUAGGUAUUCUGGACCAAACCUACCGAAGAAUGACGUUAUCAUCGCAGUUAAUUGGACCGGUGUUUACGUCGUGGAUGAUCAGGAGCAGGUGCUCCUGGAGUUAUCUUUCCCCGAGAUCACGAUGGUAAGCUGCAGCAAGACGGAAAAAGUCUACACGCAGACUUUCACAGUCAGCACCGUCAGAGGCGAGGAGUUCACCUUCCAGUCACCGAAUAGCGAAGAUGUGAGGGAUCUCGUUGUCUACUUCUUAGAGGGAUUGAAGAAACGAUCCAAAUUCGUAAUUGCUCUUCAAGACUACAAUGCUCCAAGCGAGUCUGCUUCGUUCCUGUCGUUCUUGAAAGGCGAUCUAAUCCUCCUCGAGGAAGACUCGACCGGUGAAACAGUCCAGAGUUCUGGCUGGUGUGUGGGGCGGUCCGAGAGAACCAAAGAAAGAGGAGACUUCCCUGCAGAAAUGGUGUACGUUCUGCCAGCCGUCACCAAGCCUCCGCAAGACAUUUUGGCGUUGUUCAGCGCCGAAGGGGCAGAACACGGCCGACGGCUUGUGACGCCGCAGCUCAAUGGCUCGGACCCCGCGGACAAGCCUCACACUCUCGAAGACUAUGCAGUCGACCACUUCAGACCUCCGCCAAAACGCACGAUGUCGCGUUCGAUCACCCUCGCCUCAGCAAGGCGGCCGGGCGUUGAGACUCUGUGGCGGUACUCGCGCGAGCCCAUCAAGCAACCUCUCCUGAAGAAGCUCCUGCAGAAGGAGGAGCUCGCUCAAGAGUCCGUCUACGCAUUUGCUGCUAUUCUCAAGUACAUGGGAGAUCUGCCAUCCAGGCGUAACAGGACUGGCAACGAUCUUACCGAUCAGAUCUUCGACGGACCACUUAAGCAUGAAAUAUUGAGGGACGAAAUAUACUGUCAGAUGAUGAAGCAGCUCACUGACAACAGAAAUCGGCUGAGUGAAGAAAGAGGUUGGGAGCUGAUGUGGCUCGCUACAGGUCUCUUCACAUGCUCACAGACCUUGAUGAAGGAGCUGAGCCAGUUCCUGAGAUCGCGUCGGCAUCCGAUAGCGCAGGAUUCGCUGCACAGGCUGCAGAAGACGCUCAAGCACGGCCAGCGCAAGUACCCGCCUCAUCAAGUCGAAGUCGAGGCCAUCCACCACAAGACCACUCAGAUCUUCCAUAAGGUGUACUUCCCUGAUGACACAGACGAAGCAUUCGAAGUUGAUUCUUCUACGCGAGCUAAAGAUUUCUGUGCAUCGAUUUCCCAUCGUCUUAAUCUGAAGAGCCCGGAAGGAUUUUCACUCUUCGUUAAGAUUGCCGACAAAGUAAUUUCAGUGCCCGAGGGAGACUUCUUUUUCGACUUCGUCCGACAUCUUACCGACUGGAUCAAGAAAGCCCGACCCUCCAGAGACGGAUCCACGCCUCACUUUACCUAUCAAGUUUUCUUCAUGAAGAAACUGUGGACCAACACAGUCCCGGGCAAGGACAGGAAUGCCGACAUCAUCUUUCAUUUCCACCAGGAGCUGCCAAAGCUCCUCAGAGGCUAUCAUCGAUGCACUAAGGAAGAGGCUGCGAAACUUGCCGCUUACGUAUACAGAGUUCGUUUCGGCGACAGUAAGCAGGAGUUCUCCGCUUUCCCGAACCUGUUGAGAGAGCUUGUCCCCGCUGAUCUCAUCAAGAGCCUCAGCACCAGCGACUGGAAGAAGAACAUCCAGCAACAUUACACUCAGGAUGCUGGCAUGAGUCCUGAAGACGCCAAGAUAGCUUUCUUGAAGCUGAUAUAUCAGUGGCCAACGUUUGGGUCGGCUUUCUUCGAAGUGAAGCAGACGACUGACCUUAACUACCCCGACCACUUGCUCAUCGCCAUCAACAAACAAGGCGUAUCUCUCAUACAUCCCGCAACAAAGGAAAUCCUAGUGACAAAUGCGUUUACGCGGAUCAGUAACUGGUCGUCAGGAAACACCUACUUCCACAUGACCAUCGGCAACCUCGUGCGCGGCUCGAAACUUUUGUGCGAGACGACGCUCGGCUACAAGAUGGAUGACCUCCUCACCUCCUACAUAUCCCUCAUGCUCACCAACAUGAACAAGCAGAGAACUUUGAGGAAAUAAUAUUCCAGCCGAGGUGGAAAAAUAGAUGCUUAUUUUCAAGAUAAGUUUAUUUAUUUCUGUGAAUAUUAGCCUUAGGUUUGGUUAGACUAAUGUAUCACAUUUCUAACUUUAUUGCAAUAUUAUUGUAGAAUUGUUUUUGUGCAAUUAUUGUGUUGAAUAAUAUGUUGAAAAUGACUUAGGUAAGAUACGUGUCGUGAGACCGAACCCUCGAAUAGUGAGAAGAACUGAACGAUAUAACUCGGCAAAUCAGUCCUUUAACUGUUCAUGAUCACGAGCAUCGUAGCUAUAUCGCUGCUUAGCUAUAUCGCUCAAUUUAAUUUACUCGAUGAAUGCUCAUAUUAUCUUUUUCCUAUUGGAUAUCUAAUAUCGUUAAAUUUGAUUUGUAAUCCUCAACUUUACAUUCAUUUUUUAAAUAAUGGAGCCUAGCUAAUCAUCUGGAUUCUCUAGCCAUAUGAGUUUGAUCCAAAAUAUGGUAAGAGACGUACUACCUGUUCGUUCGACUAAUUCGCUCCUCUGAUCAUCGAAGUAAUGCUCAAACACUGCACAAAUUAAUCUCUUGUAAAUUCAGCUAUUUAGCGUGAUGUAUAUAAAUAAAAUAUUAAAACUAAUAAAUGUCGCAACAUUCGUUCUUUAUGGCUCCUUGUUGGAAUGAGAUUCGUAAAUUCCGUUACUCCUGUUCGUAGUUGAACUUAAUUAACUGGCUAGUUUCAACGGCAUUACCUGACAGUUUGCAGUUUGAGAUUAGACGAUUGAAGCACUUGAUCAUCGAUUUCUUUGUUCUUAAUAAAUAAAAUUUGUAUU